AGAAUCUUGGCUGAUUUUGUUAGAAGCUCUCAGGACGUGUCCGAGGUGUAGUACGUCCCUCGUGCAGUUUCUACGGUCCGAAUAGGUGCCUCGAGGUCCAACGCGGUGAACCGUUAGAACCGUUUCCCAUACUCAACCGGAUAACAAUACUGAUCACGACGACAUGCUCGAGAAUCAGGAAUAUCUACAUGAUUCAUCUGAUCCGAGGUGAAUCAGGACUACAUCUAUGAUUCAUCUGAUCCGAUAUUCACACUGUCCAGCUGUUUCCACGUGGCCUCUGAUCGACCAUAGUAUCAUUCUUAGGAUCCAGUGAAACGGGCCUGUCGACGUGGCAACAGCGCUAUAGCCCGGCUAUUGAGGAACAGCAGGAAGAUUACCAGUGUAGUCCCGUUAUUAUGGAGCAGCGGGAAGAUUACCCGAAUUCAGCUGGUGACCAGCGUCUGCAGCAACUCCCAGGGGAUCAGAAUAGUAGUCAGAUGGGGUAUUCGCAAUCCAACCUAGAGCAGCCGCGGACACUAAAGUCGUAUCAGCAGCAGCCAGCAACGCAAGGGUCGUAUCAGCAGCAGCACUACCAGCAAUAUUGCCAGCAAUACCCGCCGUAUCAGCAACCGUUGCAGCAGCAAGAGCAGCAGCAGCAGCAGCAGCAGCAGGGGCAACAACACCAGCAUCCACUGCAAUAUGAGCAACCGACUCAGCACCCAUACUAUUCACAGCAGCAGUACCCAUAUCAUUCAGGGUACCAUCAUCACCCGCAGCAACAGCAACACCAGCAGCAUCAGCAGCAGUAUCAGCAUCAGCAGCAGCAUUAUCCGCAGGGGUACUAUCAGCAGCAUUACCGUUAUCAGCAUUAUCAGCAACACCCCGCAGCAGCACCAUCAGCAGCAGCAGCAGCACCAUCGGCAGCAGCAGCAGCACCAUCGACAGCACCCCUGAACCAGACUCAUGAUGCGUAUCAACACGCCGGCUAUCCAAGCACUCAGCACCAAAAUCAGUACUAUGAUCAGGGUCAGCAUCAACAUCAGCAAUCAUAUCCGUAUCCGCAUCAGCAUCAGCAUCAGCAUCAACAUCAACAUCAACAUCAACAUCAACAUCAACAUCAACAUCAACAUCAACAUCAACAUCAACAUGAAGAUCAAUAUCAACAUGAAUAUCAACAUCAGUAUCAGUAUUCGUAUCAAGAUCAGUAUCACCAGCAGCACCACGUGCAUCCCUCCCCUCUUGCGGCACAUCCUGCAUCAGCCGACAAUCGCCCGUGCGCACUCGUUGCAGCCUUCUAGCCAGCCUGCCACCCCCCACUCUCUCUCUUCAUCACACGACCAAUUAAAACCUGCUGACGUGGCGUAUGACCCAUUUGAUCCUGGCGAGGAGCAGAAGGAAGGAUUUAACAGGCAGGAAGGGAGGGAGAGAGAGGAGGUUGCAGGAGGGAGAGAGGCGGAGGGAGGAGCAGAGUGCAAGGGCAGCAGGGAUGGGGAUGGUGGGGAGGAGGGUGAGGAUGGGGGAAGGAAAGCGGUCGUAAAAAGGAAGUUUGGAGCAGAAGAGGAUGAGGAGUUGGAGCUGAAGGAAAGUAAGGAGUGGAAGGAGACGAGGGUUGAGGGGGGAGGGUUAGAGACACAGCAGCACAGAACAUUUCAGCUUGACGCAGGCCAUUCCCUCGCAUCUACUCCUGCCGCUGCCCCCCACUCCACUCCCCCAUCUCCCACUGUGAUCGUAUGGGACCUGGACGAAACCCUAAUCAUCUUCCAGUCGCUGCUCUCUGGCAAAUUCGCCAAGAUUCUGCUGGCCAUUGGUGGGGCAGGGGGAAGCGACGGAGCAGGGGGGAGCAGUGCCGCAGGAAGGAGCAGUGGCAGGAGCGUGGAGGAGCAGGCGAGGGAGCUUGGAGAGGCGUGGGAGAGGCUGAUUCUCGAUGUGUGCGACGAGCACUUCUUCUUUGGCGAGCUCGAGGACGUGGACCAGCCCAAUCUGCGGCAUCUGGAAAGGUGCUCGAAGGGUGCUGACGUGGCAGAGUUGAGCACCACGCAUCCAGCACCUCCUGCUGUCGUGGCUGAUGUCGUAGCUGCUGACGUGGGAGCUCUCCACAAUAGAGCACGACUGGCACAGAGGUUCCAGCAGAUAGAGCUUGUCUACGACAAGGGAAUCUCGUCUCUCCUCUCACCUUCCCAAGAGGCGCACAGGCAGCAACUCUACGCACAAACAGACAAAUUUACCAAUGGGUGGCUCUCAGCUGGUCGUGCCAUGCUUGCUGCAGCAGCAUCGUCACAUUCUCCACUAGCGCCAGCCACAACAGCAGCAGCCGCAACAGCAGCAGCCGCAACAGCCACAUCCGAGUCGCCACUAAAACCAACAAAAGCGGCAUUAGCAGAUGCAGAAGCAGCAGAGCUUGGAGCAGCAUGUGGUGCACCACCAUUGGCAGUGAACGUGAUAGUCUCGUCUGGACAGCUCAUUCCGACGCUUGCCAAGUGCCUGCUAUUCGGCCUCGAUCCUUUCAUCUGCCCGACCAACAUCUACAGCUCUCGCAAGGAAGGCAAGCUGGUGUGCUUCAGGCGAAUUCAAGACCGUUUCAGUGGAGCGGUUACCAGCGCUAGCAGCAGCAGCGUUAUCAGAGUUACCAGCAGCAAUGUUACCAGGGUUCCAACCAGUGACAUUGCGCCAAGCCUGCCUGAUCAGAAGCAGUGCUUCGUUGCAGUGGGAGAUGGGUGCGAGGAAGCAGCAGCGGCUAAGAUCAUGGGAUGGCCGUAUGUAAGGGUAGAUGCGGCAUGGGAUGAGAUGAGAGUGACGAACAUGUCACUGGCGCAGAUACUGCUAAAGGGCAGGCAUGCUGAGUGAUGGGUAUGAUGUGAGGUGAUGGGUGUAUGGGAGAGUGGAUGCCGCACGGGAUGAGAUGAGUGUGACACAAAUGUCACUGGCACAGAUAUUAUUUCUGAGGUGCCUCAAAAACAGAUACCGUAAUCCCCCGUAUAUAACACCCGCCGAAAUAAUCACUCUGCGGGUGGUUUAUGCGGAAGAGAGCUUAUGAUAGGGUGAAUUUAGGAGAGCACUCGCUUUUCGGGGGUUGCAUUUUACAUAACACCCUCCUCGUUUUAUGCAGCAAAGAACAGUAUUU